CACGCCGCUGCCUAACCGGAUGCGAGUCGUUGGCCCGGAACCCAGGGAAGAGCUCCGGAGCGCGGGGCCUGCGGCGUGACAGGAUGCCUGGACUAAGCUGUAGAUUUUACCAGCAUAAAUUUCCAGAAGUUGAAGAUGUUGUCAUGGUCAAUGUUCGGUCCAUUGCAGAAAUGGGAGCCUAUGUUAGCCUCCUGGAAUACAACAAUAUCGAAGGCAUGAUUCUGCUCAGUGAGUUGUCCAGGAGACGUAUCCGUUCUAUAAACAAACUCAUCCGAAUAGGCAGAAAUGAAUGUGUUGUCGUCAUAAGAGUUGAUAAAGAGAAAGGCUAUAUUGAUUUGUCAAAAAGAAGAGUUUCCCCAGAGGAGGCAAUUAAAUGUGAAGACAAAUUCACCAAAUCAAAAACUGUUUAUAGCAUCCUUCGCCAUGUUGCUGAAGUUUUGGAAUACACAAAGGAUGAGCAGCUGGAGAGCCUGUUCCAGAGAACUGCUUGGGUGUUUGAUGACAAAUAUAAGAGGCCUGGAUAUGGUGCCUAUGAUGCCUUCAAGCAUGCAGUUUCGGAUCCUGCCAUCCUUGAUGGGCUAGAUCUGACAGAAGAUGAGAAGCGUGUGCUAAUUGACAAUAUUAACCGGCGUUUGACACCACAAGCAGUUAAAAUUCGAGCUGAUAUUGAAGUUGCAUGUUAUGGUUAUGAGGGUAUUGAUGCAGUGAAAGAAGCUCUGAGAGCUGGUCUGAGCUGUUCUACAGAGAGCAUGCCCAUCAAAAUAAAUUUGAUAGCUCCUCCACGAUAUGUGAUGACUACUACAACUCUGGAGAGGACUGAAGGUCUUUCUGUCCUCAGCCAAGCCAUGGCUGUCAUCAAAGAGAAGAUUGAAGAGAAAAGAGGAGUGUUCAAUGUCCAGAUGGAACCCAAAGUAGUUACUGAUACUGAUGAGACUGAACUUGCAAGACAGCUGGAAAGGUUGGAGCGUGAAAAUGCUGAAGUGGAUGGAGAUGAUGAUGCUGAGGAGAUGGAGGCAAAAACUGAAGACUAACUGGCUUGGGAUGAGUAUAGGGUGGAAAGUUACAGAUACAACCACACCAGUGAAGGCACCUGAAUUGGCAAGACAGCUGGUAUGGAAAACUCCACAAGAGUAGACUUGAAAAUAGUUUCAAGUCAUACUGAGACCAAAUUUUGAAGAAAUAUGUAAUUAAAUGCUGCAACUUUAGCUGACUUCCUUCAAGGGAAGGUGCCUCUCUCUGAAGACUUAACACCCACCUCAAGAUGAAGUAUUGGCUAAAGGUCUUGCUUAAUAUUUUCAUAUCUAACAACUCUUGAUUGGCAAUUCUUUUAAAAGUCUGUCGUUGAGAUUUCUGGGAAUUAUCCCAGUAUUCCUACACAGACUGUACUGAAGUAAAUAUUCAAUAAAUUCAAUGGAUACUUAA